ACAAAAAACACCUUUGCAAACAGUGAAGGAAAAUGUCACAUAAAAGCACUAAAGAAAUCAGGAAGGUGAAUAUCUCCAGCUCCUUAGAGUCUGAAGAUAUUAGCUUAGAGACCACGGUACCAACUGAUGAAGUUUCCUCCUCGGAAGAGCGGGAAGGCGCUGUUAAAAUCACCAAGCAGCUGAUUGAACGGAAGGAGUUACUUCAUAAUCUUCAGCUGCUUAAAAUAGAAUUAUCUCAGAAAAACUUGAUGAUUGACAACUUGAAAGUAGAGCAUUUGACUAAGAUUGAAGAGCUAGAGGAGAAGCUUAAUGAUGCAAUCCAUCAAAAGCAGCUCUUGUCUUUACGAUUGGAUAGCCAGCUGGCAUUACAGCAAGAAGAUGCGAGAAAACAUCAGGCUCUAAUGAAACAAGAAAUGGAAACCAUUCUAUUGAGACAAAAACAGCUAGAGGAGAUGAAUCAUCAGUUAAGGGAGAGGGCAGGAGAUAUUCGUCGGAGCUUGCGAGACUUGGAAUUAACAGAUGAUUGUUACGAGAAGCUAAAGUGUCUUCCUGAAGAACAACUUUCUAUUCCUGAAUAUGUGUCUAUUCGAUUCUACGAAGUAGUACAUUCACUAAGGAAAGAACUACAUGAUCUACAGGUAAAAAAGGAAAGCCUAACAGAAGAGCUAAAUGGAUACAAGUCCCAGCUUAAGUGUCUGACAGAGAGCUAUGAAGAGGAGAGGAGGAUUCGCUCAGACGCGGAGGUUCGAUGUCAGCGCUUGGCGCUGGAACUGGCUGAUACAAAGCGCAUGAUCCAGCAGGGUGAUUACAGACAAGAGAACUAUGAUAAAGUGAAAUGUGAACGAGAUAUAUUUGAACAUGAGUUGUCAGAACUCAGAAGAAAAUAUGAAGUAUUGGAGUUGUCUCACAAAGCACAAUCUAAAGAAAGAAAUGACUUAUCAAAAGAGCUGGCAACCUUGCAACAGUCUCUUAACUUGUUGCAAAAAGAUAAAGAUUAUCUUAAUCGCCAGAACAUGGAGCUUAGUGUUCGUUGUGCCCAUGAAGAAGAUCGUCUUGAAAGGCUUCAGAUUCAGCUAGAGGAUGCCAAAAAAGCUCGAGAAGAGAUGUAUGAAAAAUACGUUGCGUCCAGAGACCAUUAUAAAAUAGAGUAUGAAAACAGACUGCAGGAGGAACUGGAACAAAUAAGACUGAAAACAAACCAAGAGAUUGAGCAACUUCGAAGCACCUCAAAGGAGAUGUAUGAACGUGAAAACAGAAAUUUGAGGGAAGCAAGAGAUAAUGCUGUAGCUGAAAAAGAAAGAGCAGUUACUGCUGAAAAGGAUGCUCUGGGGAAAUACGAUCAACUCUUAGAACAGUACAGACAAAUGCAACUUGGCACAGAAAGCAAAGUAGCUGAACUUCUUCACCAAAGUAAGUUAAAGUCCUUUGAAAGUGAACAUGUUCAACUCAUGCAGCAAGAAACAGCUAAGAAUCUUUCACAGUGCCAGAUAGAAUGUGAGAAAUAUCAGAGAAAGCUGGAGGUCCUUACUAAGGAAUUUUACAGUCUCCAGUCUUCCAGUGAAACACGCAUUAUGGAACUUCAGACACAGAACGCUGAGUUUCAGGCAAGGCUGGAUACCUAUGAAAAACUUGAGAAAGAGCUUGAUGAGAUAAUAAUUCAAACAGCAGAGAUGGAAAAUGAAGCUGAAGCUGAAAGGGUUCUCUUUUCAUAUGGGUACGGUGCCAACGUUCCUACAACAGCCAAAAGACGACUAAAGCAAAGUGUUCAUUUGGCAAGAAGGUUAUUGCAGCUAGAAAAGCAAAACUCACUGCUUGUAAAAGAUCUGGAACAUCAGAAGGAACAAGUAACACAGAUUUCACAAGAGCUUGACAGAGCGAAUUCUUUGUUGAAUCAAGUGCAACAGCCAUACAAAUACCUGAUUGAAACAGUGCAACAGAGAGAUUCUCAGAUACAUCUACAGAAAGAACAUAUUGCACAACUUGAAAAAGAUGUCAGCCUUUUAAAUAAAGAAAAGACAGCUUUGCUGCGUGUCAAGAAUCAAAUGGCUGCAGAUUUGGAGAAACUUCUAAAUCAUCGUGAGGAACUAGCAGUAAUGAAGCAGGUUUUAAUUAGUCUACAAGGUAAAAGCUAUGAACAAAAUUUACCUCAGUCUCAUGCUGAUACAAAAAGUGCGACUACAAAAAGCAAAUCCAGCCCUUUGGUAAAACUGCUACCAGAACAUGAAGAAGAAAAUGUAUUUACACCUAAACCAACAUUAUUUACAAAUAAGGAGGCACCUGUCUGGUACAGGAAACUGCAACAGAAAACAUCAUCUUAACACUUUUGCAAAAAAUAU